AUGGCGUUUGACAACACGUCAGUUAAUGCUCAAGACCUUAAUAAUGACAUGAUAACUGAACGCGCAUUAAUUUAUUUACAACAAUAUCAUAUAUUGUAUAAAGAAAUUCCAUCAAAUUAUGCAUUAGACGAUAGCAUUGCCCCUCUGGAUGAUAAUGUUAUUACCUAUUAUCAUCUUCAAGGUGACCUUAACAAAAGCUAUGAAGUUAUUUGUCGAAAGAUUCAGCUUUAUCAAUAUCAACAUCGUAAUUAUAUAGAAUUUCAACAGUUUGAACAACAAUGUCAACAAGAUUUUGUAGAGCAAUUAAAACUCGAUUUGACUGGUUAUUUAUCACCAAACUACAAUUCUUUGAAUUUCGUUGAAUGUCCUAAUAUUUUUACUGAAAAAGAAACGGGUCAACACUAUAUCGUUAUGGAUUUUCCCCAACUCGUUGAAAAUCAGUUUCAAGGAUCUUUUGAAAAAAAAUCUCUCUAUAAUAUUUCUUCCUUAGACUUCCAAUCCUAUAAAAGUUAUGAAGAAAGCUCAUCUGAAAUCGAAACUUUUAAUGAAAUUGAAAGCCAAUCUAAUGAAGAAAAACAUAAGAAAAUGGUUUGGAAAUUACCAAAACGUGGCUUAAUCGCUCAUGAAGUUAAAGAAACUCUCUGGGAGGGUGCUUCUCGAAUGUUAAACGAAAAGAACCACAAUUUUACUGCUGGGCAAUGUGCAACUAAAUAUAAAAACCUUAAACAAAACAAAGACAAGGAAGGUUCAAAAAUUUGGAAGUUAGAAAUUGAAGAGAUUAUCAACUAA